AUGUUGUGGAGCAACAUCAGAUACUACUCACAAUUCCCAUUUGUGAAUCUCUCCAGGCGUGCUAAAUUUAUCUUUGCUUUAAGACAAACUACAUUGCUUGUUUGUCUCCUGCUGGGUAUUGCAUUACUUAUCCAUAACGCAUUGAGAUUGCCAUACCUUAUUCUGAACUUCAAGCAUAGUGACUUGGCGAGUGGUUUAUAUGAUGCCAUCAAAACAAGUUCAAACAGGCAGCCAAAUUUGAUGAUGGCAUCUGAGAUCAAGCUCUUGGCUAGCUACAUCUCGUCGGAAAUCCAAGGAACACCCGAAAAAAUUGAGGCAAAUAUCUUUGGAUGGUGUUCUAUCAAUUACAAUUCUGUCUAUGACGUUCCUGACAUGGAUCAAGACAUUACUUCUGCAUGGGUCGAAUCAUUCAAUGAAGAAGGAACCAAUAACAUCACGGUUGUAUGUUCGUCGAAUGGGGGAAACGAUAUCUUCGAUUUCAGGGGCCAAUUAUCCCAAGUAGGGCUUAACAGUAUCUUGUCGUAUGCCUAUAGUGCAAGUUUCCGUACUGAUGACCAAUUAUCUACCAACACCAACUCAUAUAUUCCCGAUGAGAGGUAUGUAAACUUGAUGAAGCAAAGAGAUUCAUACGUUCAUAGAUACCGCUCUUUCAUAAUAGCCACAGCGGUGCUUCAAAUGUUGCUAUUUUUUUACACUUUUUUCUACUAUUCACUUAGAGGUAACAACAUGGACGAUGAAAAAAUACAUUGGGUACCGAAAAAUAUAGCAGCUGUGUCUGCUGCGAUCAUAUAUUUAUUAACAAUUUUAUCAUUUGCUAUAAUAAUAUCAAUCAUGUUGUUUACUAAGAAAGAUGUUCAGAAUGAAUUGUCGAGUUUUGGUAUCUAUGUUAAUUAUGGCAGCAAAGCAGUUGGACUGUUGAUAACUUGGCUAGUUCUUACCACUCUAUUCUUUUUACUCUGGUCUGGUCCUGUUUGGUGUAACAGGUCGGUUCGUAGAAAGGAGAUAAGCAAUCAAAGUCUAGUGGGAACCACCGAAGGCGAGAGUAGCAACCAUGAGCACAGAAACCUUGAUGACUUACAAUUAACCGAUGAUGAAUAUGACGAUCUUUAUUCUACAAGCAUAUAUGCAAAUCCUUUUAUAGGUGAAUUGGACGUUGGUUUCAAGACAGACAUCCCAGAUUGGAAGUAUAGGUCAUCUGAUUCGGAGGAUACCAAUAUGGAAGAAGCAAAGGUAGAUCAAAACGAAAAUCCGUUUUCUGAAGAAAUAGACGUUCCACUCAAUCAUUCUUCUAGAAGACGUGGCUUCAAGAAACCACCACCACCACAACUACCGUCUUCAUCCGAAACCAUGAUCGAUCUGAUCCCCAUGUCACCUAUACUUCACCAAGAGAAGAAUAACUGA